CACUGACUGAGGCUCGCUACUCGUAUUAAAUCCUACUCCCAGCUCUUAUUUCUUAAUUUAUCUGACGUAUUUCCGGUCUCCUCCCGGUGUUCCUCCGGUUGACUUGGCGCAGACCUGCAUCUGUACACUUCGUUGCGUAAAGAGAGACAUUCCUGGUCUCCUCCGCGGGGCCAGCUGGCCCUCCGGCGGACGUUCUGUCCGGCAUCGCGCAUCCUCAAACGGGGGGGGAGUCCGUUACCAUGACGACGACCGGAAUCACAGCACGGCGGCGCACAGCCGUUCAAGACAAUGGUGUUAAAGGACUGUUAAAUUAGUUUGUUCGCUCCAUCAAGUGGCACAAAUUAAGCGGAGACUAACGGAUGUUCGGCACGGUAACCUUCAAAGUAAAACUAUUACGACGGGAAAACGAAAUCCAGUUUCGAAAACAGAAAAUGUACGUUACUAUUUUAUACUAAUGGAAUAAUAGAUUUUACAUUAUCGUCAUUUUACAGCACCAUUGCCAAUAAUUGACCAAUUAUCAUCACCAUCCGUGCAACAGUCUGAAAUAGUGGGGCUAAAUUAGCCUGUGUGGAAGCUAGGUAACUAAGCUUAGCCAGUUAGCUAGUGUUGUGACUGGCAAUAAUAAACUAUUAGAAAAGACAGGAAUGUUUCUCUUUAUUUCGUUACAAAUGUGUUGAUAGUGAAUAUGAAUGUGUUUUAAGACAUGAAUGAACAACGAUAAAGGUUUGCUAGUGAUAGCAUAAGCCACUGGAGUUGGCUAGUAUUAGUUCAUCACAUUGACGGUGAAUUGUGUUUUAUUCGCACCUAAGAAGAAACUAUCAUCAACAACCACAUUAAUCAAAAACAUCUGUAACUUAACCGCGGUCCGUUUUAUGGCCGCGUGUCUUAUUCUGGCGGGUCAGACCGGAAGUGUCGUGGCGCCGCGGUGUCGUCUUGACUCUGGUCGUAUUUCAUUGGGAGUGAAGACGCUCCGUCUGCAAGGAAGAGUCGGUGGAAGCUCGAGGAUAUGCGGCGUCCUCUGCAAACUUUAAACUUCAGAACAAACUUUUCCGAGAGCUGAAGAAAAGACCCAGAGGGUGAAGAAUGGACUGAAGAACAGCGGCGAGGAAGAGGAGGAGGAGGAGGAGGAGGAGGGAGAAGAAGAGCCGUUCACUGCAAUCGAUCCAAUAUCCAGGUAUGAUAUUAUUUCAAGGCCUGGCUUUUAAAUAGCACAGCUGGUGUGAGAAGCAGAGAAUAAUAAUAUAAUAAGAAUAAAUGUGCUAAUUUUAUACAUCAUGCUGAACAGUUUGGAUGAUUUAGAUCUGGAUCACUCGUGACGUCAGACAUAUAAUACAAUAAGGUUUUAUUUGUAAUAGGGUUGAUUCGAAAAUUCUCAGGCUGCAGACUACAUCAAAAACUAGACUAAUGCAGGACCAGAUCUUUGCUCGGUCCGGACUGGUUCCAGGAAAUAAGUUAGUGUGUGUGUGUGUGUGUGUGUGUGUGUGUGUGUGUGUGUGUGUGUGUGUGUGUGCUGUUACAAUAAACACCAGUAUCUCACCCAAUAGCAAACCAGCCCACCAGUAAAGGAGCAAUGGCCACAAGCUCGAGUUGGACCGAGACAGAAUGCUUUUAGUCACGUCUCGCGUUUGUAAACAGUGUCACAGAUGAUACAGAUGUGCAUUCCUCACCACCGGUGAAGCAGCCCCUUGAUUAGUCACACGCCGCGCUGGUCGUCUUGGAAACCGGGAAUCAGGAUUCCGAGCGAGCCUUUCCAGUAGCCGGGUCAUCACGCAGGACCAGGCUGCGAUGCACGGGCUGUGUGUGUGUGUGUGUGUGUGUGUGUGUGUGGUAUCUUAUAACACACUGAAUGUCGUUUGGGUUUUGGACCCAAAACAAAAUACUUUGUGAACUAAUCAAUUGAUUGAAUGAAUGAUUGACAGAUCCUAUGGUUCAGUGUCUCAUCAAAGAAGCUUUUAAAUGGUUGAAACAAAGAGGCCUCCUCAGCGCGGUUGCGCUCCCCCUCCUCCAGAUGUGCUUCACAUCUCCGCUGUGGUUCUGCGAUCCGCGGCCGGCCCGUCUCCACAGCUCCGCCUCCCUGGAGUUGUGGCGGAGGAGGUCGUCACGCUGCUGCUGUUGUUGUUGUUGUUGUUUUUCUCCCCUGAAGUAGAGAUGCAGGCGGCCGCUGCUGCUCUCGCCGUGCUGAGCGUCGUCCUCGGCCUGGACGGCCUGCGGGCUCACCGGUCAGAACCCAACCAGAACCACACCGAGCCCAAGAAGAAGAAGACCCAGCCGCACAUCAUCUUCAUCCUCACGGACGACCAGGGCUUCAACGACAUCGGCUACCACAACCCCACCCUCAAGACCCCCACCCUGGACAAGCUGGCGGCGGAGGGCGUGACGCUGGAGAACUACUACGUCCAGCCCAUCUGCACGCCGUCCCGCAGCCAGCUGAUCACCGGCAGGUAUCAGAUCCACACUGGGCUUCAGCACUCCAUCAUCAGACCGAGUCAGCCCAGCUGCCUGCCGGCCCACAUGGACACUCUGCCCGAGAGGCUGCGGCAGGCCGGCUACGCCACGCACAUGGUGGGCAAGUGGCACCUGGGCUUCUACAGGAAGGCGUGUCUGCCCACCAGAAAGGGAUUUGACAGUUUCUUCGGUUCUUUAACAGGAAGUGUGGACUACUACAGCUACGGGUCCUGUGACGGCCCCGGGUUGUGCGGUUACGAUCUCCAUGACGACGAGGGCGUGGCGUGGGGCCAGGAGGGGAAGUACUCCACCACGCUCUUCACCCAGAGAGCUCGCAAGAUCCUGGAGAGUCACGACCCGGCGGACAGGCCGCUCUUCCUGCUGCUCUCGCUGCAGGCCGUCCACACUCCUCUGCAGACCCCCAAGUCCUACAUCUACCCCUACCGGGACAUGGCCAACGUCGCCAGGAGGAAGUUCGCCGCCAUGGUGUCCACGGUGGACGAGGCGGUCCGGAACGUCACCUACGCCCUGAGGAAGCACGGGUACUACCGGAACAGCGUCAUCAUCUACUCCACCGACAACGGCGCCCAGCCCUUCACGGGGGGGAGCAACUGGCCGCUACGAGGCCGAAAGGGCACGUACUGGGAGGGGGGGGUCCGUGGAGUGGCGUUCGUCCACAGCCCCCUGCUGAGGCGGCGAAGACGGGUCUCCAAAGCUCUGCUGCACAUCACCGACUGGUUCCCCACGCUGGUGGCUCUGGCCGGGGGAAACGCCAGCGAGAGCCGCGGCCUGGACGGGUUUGAUGUCUGGCCCACCAUCAGCGAGGGGCGGGAGUCCCCUCGUCAGGAGAUCCUUCACAACAUCGACCCGCUGCACAAGCCCCCCGCCCAGACCACCAAGUGGGGCGCGGCAUCGGGCCCAAAGAAGCCAAAGAAGAAGAAGAAGAAGAUCCAGAAGAAGAGGAUCCACAAGCUGAAACCAAAGCAGAAGUCAGCGUUCAGGUUGAAGAGCACCAAGAAACCUCAGACUUUUUCCCAUCAUGCCGUUCAACUUAAAGCCACCAAGCCCCUCCCCCAGUCUAAACCCAAACCUAAAACCAGAGCCCAGGCUCAGAACCAGAGCCCACGGCCCAAGUCCUACUCCAGCGGCGCUCCGCCGGCGGCGGGAACGUCUCACUCUCGUUCUCAGAUCCAAUCACGUCCGGGGUCCAAAUCCAGGCGGAACGCGUCUCGGAACCAGGACCCCCCGGCGUCCGCAUCUGAAGCUCAGCUCGGGCCUCAUUCAGGGCCCCGGAACGGGUCGCGUCCCACGGCCGGGUGGCCUCAGCCCCCGUGGGACGCCUCGGUCCAGGCCGCCAUCCGGGUGGGAGACUGGAAGCUGCUGACAGGAGACCCGGGUCACGGAGACUGGGUCCCCCCGCAGGUACCGCCGGGUGGCACCCUGACCGGGUGCGGGGAAACCGGAAGGCGCGGUUCUUUGCGGCAUCCAAGGAGCCCCCCUCCAAAAGUGGGAGUCUUCAAAAUAACGGCGGACCCGUGCGAGCGGCGGGACCUGUCGGGCCAGAGGCCGGACGUGGUCCGCAGGCUGAUGGCCCGGCUCGCCCACUACAACCAGUCGGCCGUGCCGGUUUACUUCCCGCCGGACGACCCGCGGGCCGACCCGGCCCGGCACGCCGGCGCCUGGGUGCCCUGGGUGGAGGAGGAGGUGGAGGAGAGGGAGGAGGGCAGGUACCACGGAGUGUACAAGAAGGGCCGGGGGGGCAAGAAGAAGAGGAAGAACCCGCGGUGCCCGCUGUGCAAGCUCCGCUCCUUCUUCCUGAAGCUGAACACCGGGAUGAUGUCCAACCGGAUCUGAGGCGGGGGGUCCGGGGUGAGCUGAGGAGGCGGGGGGAGGCGGAGCCGGAAGCCACCCCGCACCGGAGGCGUCUAAAGGGUCAGUUCACUCAAACCGGGAGACCCUUUCCGGAUCCGCCCUGGUGGGGUGUGGUUUCCCACGACGACAAACCUCCUACCGGCCUCUUUGGUCAGUUCGCGGACAUGAAAACCGAAAAGGGUUCAGUGGGUCGGGGGGCUGGUUUAUGUCACCGAUAACCAGUAACAAGGUACAACAAAGCGCAGGAUGUUGGUUUUCUUGUAUUUGUGUGAACGGGCCCUUUUGAAUCCUCACGGUUGCUCUUCGGAACCUUCGGAAUAGUUUGACUUUUAUAAAAUCGUCGUCCAUCACAGGAACUGACAGAGUUCUUCACACGAGAGCCGCCUGAGUUUUUACACCGUAUUUAAUUUGUUUCUUUCACUUUGAGCCGAACUCAAACGUCCCUGCAGAUGAUUUACUUUUCACAGUGAAACUGCAUGUGUGUGAUGAUCUAUAUUCCUAUAACUGUUUUUUCUGGUCUCAGUCAUAAUAAUAAUAGUAAUAAUGGGUAAAAGGUUUUAAUACUAUCACAUUUUCAGCAAAGGCAGAUAAUUUUUUUUUGUGUAUUUGGCUGAAUUUAGAGUGUUUUUAUUACCGUCUGAGUAAUACAGGGCUCACUAGAUUUACUUAAUUUAAUUCAACUAUUAAGUUUUGAUUUACUUGAUUCACUUAAUUAUUCUCAAGGCACUAAUUGAUCAAAUACUACAGGAGGGACGUGAUAUUGAAAUGUAGCAUUUAUUUCUGACAAUCCUGUUUUUUUUUAACUUAAACUAUUCAGGGGAAAUGUUUAUUUUGUUUGAUUUUAAGGAUUAAUUAAUCCUCAAAAUGACACCAUAACAACCUGCAGCCUCCACAACAGACAGGAAGUCCAACGUGUGUCCCAGCAUCAGAAACCUCUCUGAAGUAACCUGCUGGUUUCCGUCCCUCCAGCGAGACACCUAACCUCUAAAUAUUUCUGUGUAUUUGCACAAUAUCUAACAAAGCGUGACUGUGGAGCAGCGGAGAGCUGAGCGGUUUGAAGGGACGCUGCGUGUCUGCGCCUUGAGUAAAUAAAGCUGAAAUGAAAUCACUCCUUUUUCACGUGUUCUGGAGACAUAAAUAUAUACGUGCACCUUUUUGGGUAAAUGUCACUUUAUUUUCUAACCCGUAAGUAGUGUUGAGAGCUCUGACCUAAUAAACAAAUAUGAUCCCA